CUUGUAUUCUAUACUAAACGUAUACCUUAGUGGGAAGAAUUGGCAAAACAGCUCUCACAAGGGCGCAUUGCUUCAUUUCUAUUGUUCCAAGACGGUAGCUUAGGAGUGCAGAUCAUGACAAGCUUACUGAAGAAUGUCCUAGUGACGGGAGGUUCAGGUUACUUGGGCCAGUUCCUUGUGCAUGCUCUGGCGAAGGAAUACAAGGUUCAUUACACGUACGGUACUCAUCCAUUGUGGUCAGCUCCGGAAGGCGCCAUCGCGCAUAAGGUGGACCUGGUUACUGGUGAAGGACUGCGGGAGGCUUUCCAACAGGCAACCUUCCAUGCAGUGGUCAACUGCGCAGCUAUGAGCCAGCCGGGUGCGUGUGAAGCGUCCCCCGAGGCAGCAAGGUCUGUCAACGUGCCCAUACACCUGGUGGACUGCUUGCUGCACCAGGAGGAGCGGGGCGGGGGGCCGGCGGUGCUCGUACACAUCUCAACAGACCAAGUGUACGACGGAUCCAAGGCCCACUGGAAGGAGGACGACCCAUGCACGCCAGUCAACGUGUACGGCAGGACGAAGCUAGAGGCGGAGCAGCUCCUGCUGGCGCGCCUACCCGAGCCCUACCCGCUGCUCAUCCUCCGCAGCAGCAUCAUCUACGGCCCGCCCCCGCCCGAAACCGUGCACCGAACGCUCUUCCUGCAGUUCGUGGCCGCAGCUGUGCAGGGCGACAAGCCCACCACCUUCUUCUCCGACGAGUGGCGCAACCCGGUGUAUGUGAGGGACCUGCAGCGGCUGGUGCUGCUGGCCGUACGGCGGUGUACGGACACUGAUGUUGGUGCUGCUGGUGCUGCUGCAGGGGCAGCAGCAGUAGACGCCCUACAGGAGGAGGUGCCGGGGACCUCGCACUCGUGCGCAGGUGCCGCUGAGAGCAGGAGCGCAGUGCAGGGCGCGACAGGGCCCGAGGCAGCGGAGCAGCAGCAGCCGCAGCAGGAUGGGCAGCAGGAGGGGCGGCUGCUGUGGCGGCACCGCGUGUUCAACGCGGGGGGCCCGGAGCGGCUGUCGAGGGUUGACAUGGCUCGGCAGGUGGCUGACUGCCUGGGCUGCGGCUACAACUCCAUCGUUGCAGUCCCGAGCUCUUCUGUUUCCAGGUCCGCGGCCAGCCCCCCCGACAUCUCCAUGGACGUUACCCGCCUGGCAGCCGACCUGGGUUUCCGUAUGACACCCUUCCGAGAGGCCCUUCAGGAGAUAUUUAGGUCUUCAGAUCU